CAAGAAAGGAGUAUAAACUUCCGGCGAAAUAUCGAAAGUUCCCCAAGCCUUCAAAACAACAUUCAACUUAGCCUGUAGACUUAAUUCAAGAUUUACAUUAUAUUGACUUUGAUUUUUGAUAUUCACGCCCCAGGAAGGCAUUGAAUAUGGCAGAACUUAAUUGGAGGCGGCGGUGGAAACCAGAUCUAUGUGCAUGCUCCUGGCGUCCUUUAGAUGUACCGUCUGAUGACGGCAAUAAGUAUUUAAUCAAGGCAAAAUUUGACAACAGUUCCUACGAAGUUAUUGUCACGGACUUGACCAGUUUUUGGUACGAGAAAUUAUCCGGUGAUGCUUUAAAGAAAAGAGUGUCAAAACUGAACCCCAGUAUCGAGGCUCCUCUGACCAAAAUCCUUUCCCACGUUGAAACAAACCUUGGAGCAGAAAGCAAGGAGAGCAAGCUGACCCUGACACACAAAGAUGACAGUGUCAACAUCAAAAUGACUUCGCAGUUGGCUGGCAUGCCUUUCUCUUUUGUUUUCCAUACUGUCCUAAAUGAAGAAGACAUGGGUAAAAAGCAUUUGGCUCUCCCACUCAUGGCAAUGGUCGGGGAACUAUAUCGACAACAACAAGAGCUCUUCAAGAUUUUGGCAACGAAAGAUAAAGAAAUUGAUGACUACAAGUCUCAAGGGGUGAAGGCCACAAGGAAGCAUAUUGAGACAACCCCUUUUGAUGUGCUGGUAUUUCGAAACAGUAUGGUGACAUCAAAAGGUUUUGAGAACGAAGUCAAGGCAUCGGGCAGCCAAGCCUUCACAUCGUUGGGGCAAGAACUGUACCGGGAAAUAGCCACAAAGCAGGCUUGGCUCAACAGUGGAUCAGACCCUCAAGAUGAUGAUGUGGACAACGGUGUGGCCAUGGAGGGUGGGGAAACCAGGUCAGUCGGCGCUCCGAGCGUGGAGUCGUGGGCUAGUCGGCUGCCAUCAUCCAUUGCCCCUCGGAACGUGUCACCGGCAAAAACGUCGCCGGGCAAGUCACCGCCGGUCAGCCCAGCAUCGUCCAAAGCCUCCAGCACCGAUGUUACACCAGUCAAGGACUCGGAGUUGCUGCGUCGUCAAGCUCUGGAGAGAAAGUUGGAACAGGAAGAGGCUAAGCAGCAUGACAAAGCCAAGAAGAAGAAAAAGUUAAAGUUUUAACCCAUAAGAACAUGUAGAGCCAUUUCACUCUCAUGAUUUCUUGUUUUGUGACGUUUUUGCCAAAUUUAAUGUGAUCCUUUGCCAAUGUACUUGACCAUGAAGCAAGAAAUCAAUUUCCUUUGUAAUUUUUGUUACUUUUAAUGGCUUAAUAUCAAGAACAAAAUUCUCACCCCCCGGCAUUGCUACUGACUAAGGUAUCCCCAGGCCGUUCCCAAAGGGGGGAUAUUAACACAUUCCUAUGCACAGUAGAAUUGUAAAUGGGCUGAUUUAUCAAUGUC